CCCCUGGUUUGCGACGGUGCCGCGCGGCAGCGGCGGGUGGCGCCUUUGUCCUGGCGGCGGCGGCCUGAGGGGCUCCGGGACCGGGCCGGCAGCGCCGAGUUGGAUUUGGAACGAAAGCAAAAUGGCUCGAGGACGCAAGAGCAAUAGCAUCAAACAGAGCGACUUCACUAACAGCACCAAUCCUCAGGAUUUAGAGAGAAGACUUUUUGUCGGCAAUUUGCCCACAGACCACAUGACUCGUGAAGAAAUGGAAGAGAUAUUUUCAAAAUAUGGCAAAAUCAGGGCCCUCAGCAUGUACCAUGGCUAUGGGUUCGUGCAGUAUGACCGUCUAGAAGAUGUCCAGGCCGCUCUGGACGGUGAGAAGGGUCGCCUUUAUAAAGGGUAUAGAUUAGAUAUUAAUAAAGCAGUGGAAAGAAGAAAUAUGAAUAAGGCUUCAUCAAGGUCCAGUCCGACGCGAAGAGAGCCAUAUGCCUACGGGGAUGGCCGAGAUGCCAGGCGCGACCGCUCCCCUCUUCGGGGGAGCCCACGGAGGGACCCCAGAGAUGGCAGGGAUGGCAGGAACGGGCGAGAUGCCAGAGACGCUCGAGACAUUCGAGCUAGAGACAUGCGGGACGCCAGAGACCACAGAGACCCACGGGACCUGCGAGACCCACGGGAUAUCAGGGAUCCGAGGGACCUGCGGGACCCGCGUGAUGUUAGAGAUCUUCGCGACCCACGGGAGCCGCUGUACGACCGAUACCGGGAUCCGCGGGAUAUGAGAAAUGCGCGGGAUGUGAGGGAUCCGCGGGACAUGAGAGACCCUCGAGACCCUAUGUACAGACGAGAUGAGUCCUACGACCGUUACCUGCGCCUUGAGGACUAUUACCGGCGCAAGGACGACUCUUACUACGACCGCUACAAGGACCAUUUCGACAGACCUCCGGUGAAUUCAGAUGACCGCCUGAAGCGCGAGGAGCGGCGCCGGGAGGAGCUGUACCGUCAGUACUACGAGGAAAUCAAGAGGCGUUUUGAUGCAGAGAGACCUGUGGAUUGUUCCGUGAUAGUGGUGAAUAAACAGACAAAGGAGUACGCGGAGUCAGUGGGGCGGAAGGUGCGGGAUCUGGGCAUGGUAGUGGACCUGAUCUUCCUCAACACAGAGAUGUCGCUGACGCAAGCCCUGGACGAUGUGAGCAGAGGAGGAUCUCCUUUUGCCAUUGUCAUCACCCAGCAGCAUCAAGUUCACCGCUCUUGCACUGUUAACAUCAUGUUUGGCACCCCACAAGAACACCGCAACAUGCCCCAAGCUGAUGCCAUGGUGCUGGUGGCAAGGAAUUACGAGCGCUACAAAACAGAGUCCCGGGAGAAGGAGCGGGAGGAGAUCGCCCGGCAGGCUGCCAAGAUGGCAGACGAAGCUGUUCUGCAGGAGCGGGAGCGCCCACCCCCCAUGGAGGAGGGUGUCAGGGGAGGUCACCCUCCCGGGAUCCAGGCUCUCUUGAACCUGCUGGCAGACAAUCGCUACCUGACUGCUGAGGAGAUAGAUAAAGUCAUUAAUUACCUGAGGGACCGGAAGGAACGGUUACUGCGGGGCAGCACUGAGUCUCUGCAGGCACCCAUGUCAAGACAGUCUUUGGGGACACCUUCAGGAUCAUCACUGGGUAAUCAGUCCAACCUUCCAAGCUCUCAGACUCAUCAGGGUUCACAGCCUCUGGUCUCUACUCCUUCUGUUCCAGUGUCCUCUUCUAAUCCUCAGCAGGAGCUUCAGGCAAAAAUCCUCAGUCUCUUCAACAGCGGGGCGGCAGCAGCGGCAGCUGCCGUGGCAAACAGCAGUCCUGCCGCCCCCGCGGGCUCUUCGGGCAGCACUCCCAACCAGAACUUUGCUAACCUGGCUGGUGGGCAGCCCCGGCCAGCACAGAUGAGCGCUGGAAACCUAAACCAGGCUCAGCAGAGAUUGCAGACUCCAAGCGCGCAGCUUCCUACUCUGCCAGGCCCUUCGAGGAACGCGGGUCCGAGACCUGGGGCUCCCCCACAACCUCAGCCGCUCUAUGGUCAGCACCAGACCCGCCUCCCUGCGCCUGGCAGCGUGCCCGCUCAAAGGCCGGUGUCUUCUGGUAUCAACUUUGACAACCCCAGUGUACAGAAAGCCUUGGACACCCUCAUCCAGAGUGGUCCUGCGCUCUCCCACCUCGUGAGCCAAACUGUGGCCCAGGGGCGAGCAGGGUCCUCAGCCCAGCAACCAAUGGGCUCCUACCAGCGACACUAUUAGAGCUGAGCCCUGAGGCCUGUUCCCCUUCCCUUUGCCAUUCCAUACUUGUAGCUGUUUAAGGAUAAAGUCUCCCAUCCUUGACCCGGGACAGAUGCCCUGGACGUGCAUGUCCUCUCCACUCUGGUGAGAGCAUACCCCCCACAGCAUUGCUGUCGACGGUUGCUGGUGCUGCCCUCCCUCUCCUUGACCUGGUUAGCAGUGUUUGGAGCAGAAUGCUCGGUUUUCUCUGCAGCACAGUGUUGGAUCAUUGGUUGUGUUGUCCCAUCCCAGGUAUCAGUCCUGCUGCAUUUUCCUCACUCCCAGCACCUGGUGCACCUUCCCACUGAGGUGCAGUCUGGGCUUACUGAAUGGUCUCAUUGUAGUUUUGGGUCAGUGGUUUUGAGGAAUUAAGGGACUGGACACAGUGUCGUGCUGAUGGGCCUUGGACACCCACUGCUGUGGAAUGGGCACUAUUUUUCUUUGGAAUUCCUUUUUUUUUUUUUUUUUUCUCUUUUAAUGAUGUAUAAACCAGUUGGGAAGUACAGUGAUAGCACCAGCAGCAGAAAUUGUGAAGCACAUGCCUGACCACUGCUCAGUAACCAGGACUGUGCCGUGCAGUCCCUCCAUGCUGGCCUGCCCUGUCCCGGCAGGGAGGCACGUGCUCCUCACCUCGCCCUGGGCCGAGCACAGAUCUGCAACACAAGAGCUUCCAGCCAAGGCAGAGGCUUCAAAUGGUCUGUCGAUUUUCCUACACCAAGUAAUCAGUAUCAAGGUCAGUCUGUUAAAAUUUGGUGUAUAAAUUUCCUUUUCUUACAGCCUUUGGGACGGUUGUUAGUGUAGCUCAGCUGCAGCCAUGCCGAUAUGCUGCUGGUCCCCCCUGGGAAUACCCAACACUAGGUACCGGGGGGAAUCCUGCUCUCUGAAACCUCACCUUGUUGUUCUGAGGGGCGUUCUGUCCAUCUGAGGAGGAGAGGCAGUGCCAAGACGCAAUACCAUAAUUUUAUACGUUUUUUCCAACGCUCUGGUAGCUGCGGCAGACAGUGGAGUGGAAGAUCAGGCAGUGAUUCUUCACUGUGUUUUUAACCAGUAACAUACUUUGAUAUCAGAACACAAAACAUCUUUAACUGUGUGGUCCUCCCCAUCAUAGCCUUCUUGGAGUCUGUGGGCUUCCUGCAGAGACCCAAGAGACACUGAGAAAGCAGAGGAUAUACUUUGUCCCAGGUGGUUUUGUGUUGUAGCAUUUAUUUUCUCUCUGUGCUGUUAACAAGAGGAUAUUACUUUCUAAUAAAAGGCC